AUGGAUUAUCGAGGAGAUGAGCAUAUUUCAAGUUACGGCCAAGAUACUCGCAUGUUGCUCUUUGUCUUUUUUGUUUUUCCAUUUUCUAUUCAAUCUGCUCGCUCACUCGUCGGGUUUCGCCUCGUCGUGCGAGUUCAAUCUGCCGUAUUUGAUGUGAAAAAUUAUGGUGGUAAAGCCGAUGGCAAGUCAGAUAUUAGCAAGGCAUUAUUGGGCGCGUGGAAAGAGGCUUGUUCAGCAAAGGGUUCCAACAUAGUUGUAGUACCCAAAGGAACAUAUUCCAUAGGUUUAACUGACUUAAAUGGUCCAUGCAAGGGAGCCAUGGAGCUUCAAGUCCAAGGAACCUUAUUGGCACCGAUAAACCCUAGCAGUUAUGCCAAGGACAGCUGGAUUACUUUUGCAUACAUUGAUCAAUUCAAAUUAUCCGGUGGUGGAACCUUCGACGGACAAGGGCAAGUGGCUUGGAAGCAAAAUAACUGCGGUCGAAAUCCAAAAUGCAAGAGACUUCCAGUUGUAAGUUUAAUUGAAUCGUAUCAUUCCAAAGGAAAAGGUGAAGAUACAUCUAGUCUCAACUCCACUGGGUUUACUAAUGGUGGCAAAAACCUUACUUUUGAUCGCUUCACGAUCACUGCACCAGGAGAUAGCGUCAAUACAGAUGGAAUUCACAUCGGGCAUUCAAACGGGAUCAACAUUAUUAAUUCAAAUAUUGCCACCGGCGAUGACUGCAUCUCCAUUGGUGGUGCCAGCGAACAAAUAAGGAUCACAAACGUACGAUGUGGACAUGGACAUGGCAUUAGCGUGGGAAGUUUAGGGAAGACCACUGAUGAAUUUGUCUCUGGAAUUUUCGUAAGGAACUGCACCUUCUAUGACACCGACAAUGGAGUGAGAAUUAAGACAUGGCCGGCAUUACAUGGUGGCAUGGCCUCUGAUAUGCAUUUCGAGGAUAUUAUGAUGAAAAAUGUCCGCAACCCUAUCAUUAUAGAUCAAAUGUACUGCCCAUGGAAUCAGUGCAAUCCAAAGGUAACGCGAAAAGAAAUGAAAAUGAAAGAGUCUCUUAAUGCAUUGUCCGUGGACAAAUCUGCCCGCAACAUGAAAUUUCUGUAACCCUUUGCCGUUUCUGAUGUUUGUUUCAGCUUCCGUCAAAAGUUAAGAUCUCCAACGUCACCUUCAAGAAUAUUAGGGGCUCUUCAGCGACCGCAGUAGCUGUUCGACUUAAUUGCAGCAGCA